AUGGAUCGUUUCACACCACUUGUUUUUAUUUUAUCUACUGGUUCUGAUCCAAUGAAUCAAUUUCAGAAAUUUGCCAAAGAAUACGGUUAUUCAGAACGUGUACACUCGGUUUCUCUAGGUCAAGGUCAAGGACCAAAAGCAGAGAAGUUAAUUGAAGAAGCAAGUAAAACAGGAGAUUGGGUAUUUCUGCAGAACUGUCAUCUGGCUGCAUCAUGGAUGAUCAGGUUGGAAGAGAUAGUGAAACAGCGAGCUGAAAAUCCUAGAUCAACUCACGUUGACUACCGCUUAUAUUUAAGUUCAAUGCCAGCUAAAUCAUUUCCAAUCUUUGUAUUGCAAAAUUCUGUGAAGGUGACCAAUGAACCGCCAAAAGGUUUAAGAGCGAAUCUCAGCAGAGCGAUCAAUGAUAUCUCAAAGGGAGUAUUUGAAACACAUGUUCUGGGAGCUGACUGGCGUAAGUUAGUCUUUGGCAUAUGUUUCUUCCAUUCAAUUAUACUGGAGAGGAAAAAGUUUGGUCCACUAGGUUGGAAUAUCAGUUACGAUUUCAAUGACUCAGAUAGAGAAUGCGCCAUAUUAAAUUUAGAAAUGUUUUGUCAAGAGUCCCACAUACCAUGGGAUGCUUUAACCUAUAUUACAGCUGAGAUUACUUAUGGUGGACGUGUAACAGAUUUCUGGGAUCAACGAUGUUUACGUACAAUUCUUCAGCGUUUCUUCCAUCCAUCUACACUGGAACAAGGUUAUGUAUAUUCAUCAUCUGGUAUUUAUUAUCCACCGGAUAAAAAAACACUAUCUGAAUACGCAGAAUAUGUGUCUAGCCUUCCAUUUAGUGCUGCUCCGGAGUUAUUCGGAAUGCAUGAAAAUGCUAAUUUAGUCUAUCAGCUUCAAGAGACUAGUAAACUGAUAUCUGUCAUACUCAAUGUUCAACCGCGUACAAGUACAUCAGCUACGGGUAAAACAAGUGAUGAAUUAGUUUAUGAGAAUGCAGAUUCAAUAUUAAAAAAACUUCCAGAAAAAAUUAAUAUUGAAGAAGCUCGUUCAGAUUUAUUUGAAACUGAUGAUAAAGGCCGAGUUGAUUCACUGACUACUGUACUCACUCAAGAAAUUGAUCGAUUCAAUAAAUUACUAAGCAUUAUCAGGAAUUCAUUAAAACAACUUAGAAAAGCUAUUAAAGGUUUUGUUGUAAUGUCAGAAGACUUAGAAGGCAUUUAUACAGCAUUUCUACAAAAUUCAAUACCAGAAAUGUGGUCGUCCAAAGCUUAUCCAAGUUUAAAACCACUGGGAAGUUGGGUUAAAGAUUUAGUAUUACGCUGUGAUUUUAUUCAUACUUGGAUGGUCAGAGGAAAACCAAUUUCAUUUUGGAUAUCUGGGUUCUUCUUUCCUCAGGGUUUUCUAACUGGAAUCUUACAGAAUUAUGCGAGAAAGUAUGAUUAUCCGAUAGAUCACUUAACUUUUAAUUUUAAUGUCCUACCACACUAUCGUUAUCAAGAAGAAAUAUCUCUUGCAACAUCUAGACUACGUUUAAGCGAAGUAUUGGAAUGUGAUAAAAGUCUACGUGAACCUGAGGAUGGUGUACUUGUGCAUGGAUUAUAUAUGGAUGGUUUCAGAUGGGAUGAUAAGACUAUGCAAGUGACUGACUCCAUACUUGGAGAAAUGUUAGCAGUUAUGCCCGUGUUGCAUAUGAAGCCAGAAAUGGAUUAUACACCAGAUCCAAGUCACUACAUAGCACCGUUAUAUAAAACAGCAGCAAGAGCUGGUGUAUUGUCAACAACUGGCAUGUCAACUAACUUUAUUGUUGCUGUUCCACUGAAAACAAACAAACCACCAGAGUAUUGGAUUGAAAUGGGAUCAAGUUUACUAUGUGAAUGUGUAAAUUCAUGA